AUGGUGCUUACUGUUGUUGGGAGUUUAAUUUCAGUGAUUUUGAUGUGGACUGUGCUCAACAUUUUGAUUUUGAUGUGGAAUAGUGUCUCGAUUGAUGUCCUGAAGCGGCAAGGAAUAGACUUUUCGGAAAACAAAUGCACUGGUAUUUGUUCUGCAGACUUUGCUGAGGAGCUUGAGAGGUAUGGGCUAGUGGAGUUGCUUCCUUGCUUGACUUGGGCUACUUUCCAGAGUGCAUAUGAUUUUGGAUACUUGACAAAGAUGUUCACUGGGAACAAGGAAUUGCCUGAGGAUAUCAAGGAGCUCAUGGGCAAUGUGAAGACAUAUUUUGGACCGAAUGUGUACGACAUCAAGUACAUGAUGAAGUUCUGUGAUGGACUGUUUGGCGGUUUGAAUAGCGUGGCAGAUACCCUUGGCGUUGACCGUGUGGCUGGGAGUAGCCACUAG